UUAUCAUAAUAUUCGAAAUUUAUAUAUUAAGAUAAGAAUGAACACUGUCAAACGUCGUUGGGUAUAUUUUAAAUGGGUCUCACGCCUCUUUCACGGGUGGCUCGUUAAUAAUUACGACCCAGGACCCGUACAACUGUUUCCGUGCCAAGUCAGCGUUCGAGCGUUUUUGUGAUCACCAUGAAUAUCUGUAAAAACGUGGCCGUCUGCGGGCGGUGGUUCGUCAACGGGACAACACCUCGGAGGCUGUCAAAAUCUCUGUGGACGAAAUUCCAGACCAACUUCGGUGUCUACGACGUAGUAGACCACCUGGGAACCGUCAGCGACCUCAGGACGGUACCGGAGUACGUCACGUUACCCUCGUACGCCAAGACCGGCAUGGUCGUCGAUGAGCCGGACCAGGAUUGUCCACCUGAAAUCCAAAACAAGGGUCAGAUCGAGAUGCUCCGGCAGAGCUGCAAGUUCGCCAAGUUCGUGCUGGACAGCGCCAAGGCUCAGUUGAAAGUCGGCGCCACCACCGACGACGUCGACCGUUUCGUGCACGAUCUGGUCAUCGACAACAAUGCAUAUCCGUCUCCGUUGAACUACAACGGGUUCAAGAAGUCCGUCUGCACGUCGAUAAACAACGUCGUGUGCCACGGAGUACCUGACGAUCGGCCACUGCUCAACGGCGAUCUCAUAUCCUUAGACGUGUCUGUCUAUCUGAACGGUUUUCACGGCGACUGCGCCGCCACCUAUUGCGUAGGCGAUGUCGACGACUGCGGUAGAAAACUGAUGAGCGUGGCCGAACAAUGCAUGUACAAAGGCAUAGAAGCCUGUGGCCCGGGCAAAAGCUUUUCAGACAUUGGGAGAGCCAUAGAGUUAUAUGUCCGUCAACACGGUCACAGUGUUGUGCCGAGCAUUACCGGCCACGGCAUCGGUACAUAUUUCCACGGGCCUCCCGUGAUUUUCCAUUCUACUUUACACACUUAUCCGGGAAUAAUGAAACCAGGUAUGGUAUUCACUGUGGAGCCGGUAGUUUGCCAAGGAGGUAGCGAUGUAGAGAUUUUAGAAGACGGGUGGACCAUAGUGACGACCGACGAUUCUAGAGGAGCUCAAUUUGAACAUACAAUACUGAUCACCGAUCACGGAUAUGAUAUUUUAACAGUUUAAUCCGUUCAAAGGGUCAAUGGUAGUUUGUGAAUUCCUUUAUACUGCUAUUAUAAACAAUGAACUUCUAUAGUAGACAUCUUCCGCUACAAGUACAAUAUCAUUAUUUUAAGGACUGAUUGUUGUUAAAUUUAAAAAUUGUAUUAUCAUUUGUUGUUUAAUUUAUUUGAGAAUUGUUUGUAAUAUUAUUUUUAUAUGUUGUUCCCAUGAGUAUAAUUAAUUAAAUAAUAAUAUACCAGUUUUAUCAAAAUGUAAGCAGUACCUAUAACCUGGAUUUGAUCAUCACAAAACUAAUGCAACCACAGUUACAAUGAUUAAGUUUUUACUCGCACCACAGAUUUUUUUCUGUAAGUUUGCCAAAACAUACAGAUGUAAUAGUGGCUAUUAUUUGUUUUAAAAAAGAUUAAUGCAUUACUUGGAUGGGUAAUAAAUAAACAAUUCUAAGCUUGUC